AACUGCGGAAAGCGCGCGCCGCUUCCUAUUCUGGGAAGUAAGUUUAACGCGCACGCACGUAUGCGGAAACGGAAAUCUGGCGGCUACGUCGUGGGAUCUCUCGCGCGGCUCAAAAUGAAAAAUGACGCCCCGUCGGGGCAGCGAGCCUCGCUAAUGCCUCAAGCUCGGGUCUGCGAGAGGUUUGGUAAGCUUCUAACCUUUUGCCCGAAGCAAUAAAGUGUAACGCAACUUCGGCGUAAAAGGUGUACUGAAUCUUUGUCCGAGAGAAAGAAAGAGAGAGAGAGAGAGAGGGGAGGAAGAGAAAAAAAAGAGAGACAUCACUGACACGUUCGUCGAAGAAUCUCAUUAGUCGGCACCGUCGCUAUAAUGGGACUCGCUGUACGUCAGAUGGAAACCGAAGUCCGAACGCUCAAGCAGGAACUGGCACGCACCCAGGAUGCCCUGAAGGCCGCGACGAAGAGAUGCAGGGACCUGGUGAGGGAGCUGGACCAUCGUGCCAGCGGUCACGAGUCCGAGAGGACUCUCCGGGACCAGCAGCUCUCGAGGAUACUGCGGGCCCUGCUGGUUCUGGAGGCGCGUCUCAAGCAGGAGCAGAAGUCGAUCAGGCAGCUGCUCUGCGAGAAGGACAACGUCAUCCGGAACCAGCAGCUGGAGAUCGCGAUGCUUAGACGGUACACGAAGAACUAUAUUAAGUGUAAACGCGAUCCAACGCUGGCCGAUACCGAGGUCAACGCCAACGUCGACAAGAAUUUGCAGAACUUCGGCAGUUUGCAGAAGGAAACGCUGCAGGAGAGCGGCCUCGGCAAGGACAUCGCGAGUCUCAAGUGCGAGAUCAUCACGCGGCUACAUCCGGCGGCGUCCGGCAUCAUCCUCGAGGAGCUGGACCGCAGCGGCGUGAGGAAGACCCACAGCUUCGCCGGCAGCGACAUCUCCAAGACCAGUAUGACCAGCAGCGAGAACACCGACGCGUCGAUCAUCACCACGACGACCGAGGGCAGCCCGUCGUUGCUCAGCACGGAGGGCUUCUGCGAGGGCGAGAGUACGGACGUGUCGCCGGGUUCGACGUUGAACAAGUGUUCGAGCAGGUGCACGCCGACGACGGUGACCGACAGCGAGAACGAGACCACGAUGAUCGUGGACGAGGACGAUGAGGAGGCGGAGGAGAUCACCAUUACGACGACGACGAAGAGGAAGACGUCCCUUCGCCGAGGGAAGGGCCAGAAGGCGUCGAAGGGCUCGGAGGUGAUCGAGGUGGUCGGUAUCACGAGGACGGAGAGCAAGGACGACGGGAUGGACUGUAACUUCGCCUCGGAGGACGAGGAGCAGGACUCGAGGACGAAUCGGGAGGGGAAGAGCGAGCCGAUCUACGUGAACGCCUGCAACGAGGCGAACGAGAGGCACUUGCAGCAAAAGACCGAGCUGUCGAGGACGGAGGAUGAUUACAGCAACAAUAAUAACGUCGAGACGAAGAUCGAGCCGCCCGAGGUGACCGUGGAGGACACCAGCAUCAACUGGUACAGCGACCCCGACGAGGACAGACUGAACGACGACAUGUUCCGGCACAACGUCUACAGGCCGAACGGCAACCACAACUCCGUUCUGGAGUGCGUCAACCAGAUCCUGCUGCGCGACAUGGAGGAGGAGGAGAACGUGCUGUCGGCGCCGCGGCGAUUCAAGCAUCGCGGCAGGAUCGUGCGCUUCCAGCCGGCCAGGUUGUCCGACAUCGAGUCCGUCGGCUCCGAGAUGGAGAGGAGGAACUCCGAGGAGUCCACCGUGGACAACAAGGAGUCGCCACGGGAGGACGAGGCCCGGGAGAACGAGGGCAGCGCGUCCGAGGACGAGUUCGGCAUGAGGAUCGUCCAGAAAGAGCCGGACGACGAUCCCAAGGACUCGAAGGCGAUCCCGUUGGUCAUCAUCGAGCCCAAGGUCGAAGAGGCCAGGCAGUUCCUGCCGAAAUCCCAAGCGAGCAAUCCGCCCUUGAAGAUGGAGAGGAUCGAGGAGAAGGCUUGCCUGCAGAUGUCCGCCAGGGGCUUGACCAUCGCCAGGCCGCGCUCGACGAAUCUCGACUACGAGGACAUCGAGUCGCUGCCGGAGGUGACGACGACGACACCGACCUCGCCGACCCCGCCGAGGACGCCGCCGGCGUUGCCGCCGAAGCCGCAGUUCCGCAACAACACGCUCACCCUGAAGAAGAUCCCGAGCCCGUCCUUCCUGAUCGACGAGAAGAGGUCUCAGCAGCAGGACUCCGGAGGCGCGGAUUCCGCGAGAAGAGGCAUCCUCGAGUUGCUGUCGUCGUCGAGCUCGAAAGCGGCGAGAAGCUUGAACCUGGACGAGGCGAAGGGCUCGGUCAGGAGCUCGACCAGGAGCUCCACGAGGGAAGCGAGCGGCCGCGAGGAGGCCGGCUUCUGGAAGAGCAGGUUCAACCACGUGCGAUCGUCCUUCCAGGCCAGGCAUAAGGAACCGGACCAGCCGAAGGGCGCGGCGCGAGUGACGAGUAUCGUCAGGCACUUCGAAGAGUUCAAGAUCGGCGACCCCGAGGAACAGGCGACCAGGGGGGACAGGUCUCGCGCGAGGGAGCGACACGCCGAACUCGAGCACGACUUCGACAUACGGCAGAACUUCGAGGAGUUCAACCUGGACGAGUGCGACCUGUCGGACGAUCCGGAUCGGCCCGAAGGCGACGGCUCCGAGAGGCUGAGCCAGUCCUCGCUCAAUAAUCCCGGCCAGACCGAGAGCAGCAUCGCCAAAGACAACAACAACGCACCCGGCAGCAGCGGCGAAUCCGGGAACAGCGGUUACGAUCACUUCCUGGAGGCGACCGGCCUCAGCAACAAGUCGAUCCUCACACCGUCCAGGCUGCUGAGCAACCACAAGAGCAUGCUGAAGCCGAAGGACGUGAAGUACAAGAGCAGGAUCAAGGCGACGGCGGUGCUGGAGAGGCACGGGGUGCAGUCGACCGCCAGCAACACCACCACGCACGUCAGGCACUGGACAGGACCGUUUGUCUGACGGCUGGCCAAUGUCCUGCCGGGCAAGAUCUUCCGACCCGCCGUCUCGGCCGACAACUCGCCGAUAAAGACGCUCCGGAGAUCCUGAGAGUCGCCCGAGCGUCGCCUGACGCGCAUCUUCUCCUCGUUGUGUACGCUUUUCAAACGCGAGUGACUCCCCUCCUUGAAGUGCAAAGUGGAAUUCGACGGCACGGCGGUGUCGCGCGCGGGAGGAACGUUUCGUCGCGACGGAAGCGAGCUCUUUCACGAGCGUUUUGCCUUAGCAAAUUGCUCGCUUGUGAAACGCGCGCAACGUGAAAACGUGUUAUCUUUAAUAUAAUGUCUAAUGAUAAAGUCGUCCCUGAGAAUCUCGACGACGCAGGACAAAAAGCGAUCGCCGCGUUUGGAGUUUCCGGGAUCGGUUAAUUUAUUUUGUAUCACCCGUCGAGAGAGAGAGAGAGAGAGGGGAGACGUUUACGAAUACGCAACGUUGAUUCAGUUGUUCUUGCUGUGAAAUUAUUUAUAUACGAACCCUUGUACGGUAUCUGUAAGCGGAAAAUAUAACUCGUUUGGAAGUUCGAUAUGGAAUGUUCAUUUGGCAAAACGUUAUAUUACAUUAUAUAUCCGCGCGAGAAAAUAAUGAAAGGCGAAACGACCGCUUGCCGCCGUCAUUAUUUCAUCAUUCGUCGAAUGAACACACCAAGAUAUAUUGACAAUUUCGGAAGAAACCUUGCUUUUCCCCAUUCUUUUCGGCGGGUUUUCGCCUUCUCAUCUUCCACACCGGAAAAAAUACAUAUGGCAGAUUUCUCAAUCGAACACACGUGAAUUCUCUCGAACGAUGUUCUGCGCCGUUGGGACGGAGAUCGAGAAAAUCCGUGGAAAAAAUGUGGGAAAGACGAUUUCCAAAACUUACAAACUCUACCAAGAUGCAAACAAUCGGCGAGUUUUCAUUCGCAUGAUCUUUUAUUAAACUAUCGUUUUACAUAUAGGUCUCUAUGAUAAAUUACAAUCGUGUGCGAUCAAUCGAGAAAAUUUACGCAAUGUGACGCUUACGCAAGAAGUAUACAAUAUAUAAAACGAUACGAAGAGUUUCGGAGGGGGGAGGGGGGGAUGAGUCUCAUCUCGUUCCGCCGACGUCGAAACAAUCGCGCUGCUCUCGUUUAUCCGCGGAAGGAGGAGAACGCGUGAAACAAGACGCAGUCUCAGAGAAUAAUCCGUGCUAGUGUUUGAAAACGAAAAGCUCGUAACUAUUGAAUGAAACGACCGUGCUUGGUUGCACGUGGAAAAAAAAGCAUGAGGAACACCUCGAUGAAGAAUUAUUGUACAAGCGUUCGUGUCGAGUCUCCGUGUGAGAAGGAAUCGGUGUACGUUCAGUGUGCGACAAAAAGGUGCGAAAGGAGAAAAAA